AUGUUUGAAAACUGCCAGGGGCUCACACAACUGGACGUCUCCGCUUACGACGUGUCCAUGAUCCGCACUGCGCGCCGGAUGUUCCAGAACGCGCGGGCCCUCGUAUUGCGGGGAAAAAUCCCCCCUCUCCAUGUGGAAAACGCAUCCGUCAGAAAAUUUGGUGACCACAAAUCGGGUCUGUCUUGCAAGAAGGCACACUGAGGCUGUCCGCCACCUUAUGCAGGCGAUUUGUAAUGCUGUAAGGCCUGCAGGGUAGCCGUCUGCCAUGCUAGUCGCCUACACCAAAAGGCCCCCGCCGAGUCUCAGGACCUGCGUGCAUUCCUAUACUGCGACACAAAUUUGAUUUGUGAUUGUGGUUCCAAAUCCAGCAUCAGAAGUUGCGUUUUGAUAUGUGGAGGGGGGAUUUUUCCUUUUGAUACCUCGUGCACCUGCAGGGGCUGGGAAACUGGGCCGCCAAAGUGUCCAACGUAACUGAUCUUGCUUACACCUUCGCAGGCCUCGCCUCCUUGGACACCGCGGCCACCGGCCUCGCGUCCUUCUCGGAAACGUCGAUCGCCAACUGGGACCUCUCGAAUAUCACGAGAAAAAAGUGCUACAGUUACACAUUUGAUGGAGUUUCUGCAUCACAAAUUUUCUCUGUGUGGCAGACAAAACUUGUAACGCAAAGAUCAUAAGGAUAAGGGAAAAUAGAAUACGUAGGAAACGAGGCUCGCAAGCAUCUCCUGCAUGACAAAGGUUGUCUGUCUUGCGGCUCCUGCAACACAAUGUGUAACUGUAGCGCUUUUUUCUUGCGAUAUCGAAAGUGAAAAGUCUGAAGGGCGUGUUCAAGGACAGUCCGCUCCUGGAUUUCACAGUCGAUAUCCUGUGCCAAAACGUCUCCACCCCAGAGUUGUCAUGCAAUGCGCAUCUCCAACUCCAUGAGAGGUGUUUCCAGUAGUGUUUUGGCAUUUGUAAAAAUGGUGUAAAAAAACAAGACGAGAAAAUCAAAAUGGCUUUCUCAUGCAGCUUCCCUUGCAGACCACCACUACACUGCAGAUGGAAUGUUGUCAUGCAGAACUCCCAAGGCCUGGAGAUCAUUUGUGUUGCAGAUUUACCAACUUGACUAUGGGGUGUGGGCCCCGUUUUUGCUCAGGACAGACGAAGCGUGGGACGUAUCCCAGGUAACGGAUUUUAGUUACGCCUUCGCAAACGCGGCCGCGUUCAAUCCGCGGGUCAAGGGUUGGGCGGUGGGGUCGGCGCAGGAUUUCACCUCCAUGUUCCACGGAGCCACGAUAGCCCACCCCUGCGUCAGCAGCUGGGCGGUGUCCAACAAAUUGACGAACUUGAGGAACAUGUUUCGCGACGCAGUGUGCGCGACGCCAAACUUGCACAGUUGGGACCUGACUGCGGUGGUCGAUUCGGAAGGCUGGGGGUACCGUAUCAAAGAGAAAAAUCCCCCCUCCCCAUAUCAAAAUGGAAUUUCUGAUGCUGGAUUUGCGUACACAAAUCAGCCUUGUCUUGCAAUAGAGGACUGCAGGCUCGUAUCAAGCCGGAGUGGACAGGUUUUGGCCUAGGCGCUCGGCAUGACAAAAGUCCAUGCUGUAGGCCCAACAGCAUCACAAACCGCCUGCAUAAUGCGGGGGGCCUUCUGGGUUUGCCUUCUUGCAAGACAGACACGAGUUGUGACCACAAAUCGGCAUCACAAAUUUCCGACAGCAUCUAUACGCUUUCAGUAUGGAGGGGAGGGGGGAUUUUUCCUUACGAUAUACCGAGCAGGCCUGCCGGGGCAGUGCACCAACCUCCCAUUCAACGCGCAGGCGCUGGACGUCGGGUGCGCAGAGGAUGACCCAUAUCGGAUCCAAGUGCAAAUCGAAAGCGACAUGGUUGGCGUGCCGCUGCGCAUUCCGCUCACGGACCAGGGGGACCACGGAUUUACGGUCUACUGGGGGGAUUCGGGUUUGCCCAAACCUGCGCUGCAGGCGGUUGCGGGUCUUUCCCCGGGGACGGUGCUUCCGCGGACGGGAG